AUGGAGUGCACGUUUACCAUUAUCCAUGAGAAUCACCCGAUAUCCAUAACAAGACAGCAGCUGCCUCUCACAUCAGCACACUCGUUCGCUGACUAUCGGUUACAAGAUCAGACCAUCAAUAACGCCAUUAUAGACAUUGCGACACCACCUACUACGGGGCUUACUGCAUUCAAUGUCUAUGUCGCACUAUCGCGAGCUCGGGGCCGAGACGGAGUCCGAACUGAAGAUGAAAGGUUGGCAAUGAUGGAUCGGGAGACGGAGCAAUGGUGGAAAGGAAUGUUGUAG